CUCUGGAUGCUGUAGUCCUCCGCGCCGGGCUCCGAGCGGCGCCGCGGACCCCUGGCUCCCGGGUGCCGGACCUGAGCUGUCAGGAAGAAAACUGGGAGAGAGAGGUAAAUCUGCACAAGCAAAUCCAUUUAUUCUUGGGGCGGAGAGGAACUGGAGUCAUAUCCACUCAGGAGCCUAAACUGAAAACAGAAGACCUACUGGAGAGAAAAUGGGAAGAGACAUCCUCUGCUCACUCUGGGAACCAAACAAAUGUCGUAGCAGCAGCUUCGUGGUGCCUUGAGGACACAAAAUGAGCUGGGACAUGGUUCUAAGAUUGUGCUGACAGACUAGUGCAAAGAUGUGAAUUAUUAAAAGGAAAAAUGGCCCGACGGAGCACUGUAUUUCCUUCUCUUGUCACCAAGGAAAGGCGAGUUCGAACCAUGCCCCGACACAGCCAGUCCCUGACCAUGGCGCCCUACUCCUCUGUAAGCCUUAUGGAGCAGCUGGAAGACAGGAUCCUCUGCCACGAGAAGACGACAGCAGCCCUCGUGGAGCACGCCUUCCGAAUUAAAGAUGACAUCGUCAACAGUUUGCAGAAAAUGCAAAACAAAGGGGGAGGUGACCGCUUGGCCAGGCUUUUCUUGGAGGAGCACAUCAGAAACAUAACUGCCAUAGUGAAGCAACUUAAUCGGGAUAUCGAGGUGCUCCAGGAGCAGAUCCGUGCCCGGGACAACAUCAGCUACGGAACUAAUUCUGCCUUAAAGACUCUGGAGAUGCGGCAGCUGUCCGGUCUGGGAGAUCUUCGAGGGAGAGUGGCAAGAUGUGACGCCAGCAUAGCCAGACUCUCUGCCGAGCACAAAACGACCUACGAGGGGCUUCAGCACCUGAACAAGGAACAGCAAGCUGCCAAACUUAUCUUGGAAACGAAAAUCAAAGACGCAGAGGGACAGAUCUCUCAGCUUUUGAACAGAGUGGACUUGUCGAUAUCGGAGCAAAGCACCAAGCUGAAGAUGUCCCACAGGGACAGCAACCACCAGCUGCAGCUCUUGGACACGAAAUUUAAAGGUACAAUUGAGGAACUCAGUAACCAGAUUUUAUCGGCUCGGAACUGGCUGCAACAGGAACAAGAACGGAUAGAAAAAGAACUUCUACAGAAAAUCGAUCAGCUUUCCUUGGUUGUUAAGGAAAACAGCGGAGCCAGUGAAAGGGACGUGGAGAAGAAGCUCAGCCAGAUGUCAGCCAGACUUGACAAGAUAGAAGAGAGUCAAAAGAAGCACGUGGAAGUGCAGAGAACCAGAGCGGAGGAGGAGAAGCUGCACGGGCGCAUCAGCAAGCUGGAGCUGCAGAUGAGUGCGGACCUGAAGGGAGUGAAAGCCGAGGUCGAUGCUGGGUUUACAGCCAUCUACGAAAGCAUAGGAUCCCUCAGGCAAGUUCUCGAAGCCAAGAUGAAACUGGACAAGGAUCACCUGCAGAAGCAAAUCCAACAGAUGCAGAAGCCAGAAGCUCCCAUGUGAAGGGAGUUGGGAGAGGACCUCAAAGGCGGUUUUGCCAGUCGGUGUGGGAGUUAGAUACUUCUGUAGCCAGGUUGUUGUGGUAUUUGGAAUUGUCCUAUUCAUGCGUGCAUGUGCCAAGAAAUGUGUUUUCAUGGAUCUAAAUGUUUACCUUGAGUCUUGAAAACACUCUAUCUUUAAAAGUAUUAAAUACAAUUUUUACCACUUUAUAUCCACUUCUGUAAAUUCAGUGGGAUAUCCUCCCUUCACUCCCUAAUUUGGAAAGGCUCUUAUUGCCUUCACUUUAUGAAUGAAAAGACUAAGUUUUCCAACUUAAUUUUCCUUCAAUGCUUGAUGCUCUAGCUAAGACCUUACUAUUUUGAAAAUGUCACAGUGAUUUUUUAAAUUAAGAAACCAAUGAAUUGUCACAGAAAUGUGUUGCUCCUCACCAUAAAUUAAGAGAAUGUCCUGAUGGUUUAGAAUUCAACCUUUGAGUCAGUAGUUGGAUUUUUACUAUUGUUGUCUGUACAUUUCUUAUGUUGGUUAUCUUCUGAUAACUCUUCUGUCUUUUGUAGGGGGAAGGGACUUAACAUUUGGAAAAACCCCACCACUUAUAUAAUGAAAAUUGUUUAAAAAUUGAAAACUGCCAUAUAGAUUAAAAAUUAAAAUGGAACCUUAGGACAAUUAUCUAGACAAUGCAAGGUACAAUACCUACAUUGACCACCUAGUUAUACCAGGUUUUAAUAUUGAAAACUUUUUUCAAUUAUCCACAGCCCGUAUAGUGAUAGCCAUAUAUUUAAUAACAAAAUGGUGGUUAAUAGUCUGUUUAUUGCACAACUGAUUGAUUGUCCAUUAAUCAUCAUAGGGUGUGAGGAUUUUUCAGGCUUUGUGAUCUACUCUCUAAAUGUUUCCAAAUUUGGCACAAAGUGCUCAAGUUUAUAUAUACUUUCUGUAUUCCUGUGCCUUGGUCUUAUCACGUCAAUGCACUGUACCCUACCCAAGUUUUGUGAACAAAAUAGAAGGCAUGAUAAUACUAUAUCAGAAUUAUGAUAUAAAAAUGGGAUCUUAUGUAUUUUUUAAAGUCUAAACUUUAUCGCCGUUAAGACACUGACCACUCACUAUUAUUAAUGAAAUAGAAAUUCAUACUUUUGUAUGGACGGAGACUCGAACUGAUAUUGCAUUUAUAACACUGUCAAGAAACUUUCAUUUUGAGCAACUUUGUAGAUGAUGGGUGUUUUCUCUUCAGUCGCCGUGUGGAACUAGUCACUGAGUGUCGGCGCCAGUGCUGUCUGUCCACCGUGUACGUGCCAACCGGCAACGAGACACACACCGUGCUAAACUGUGAGGGUGCCCCGGAGAAAGAAAACAGGAAUACUUUUAAAACUUUAAAAUCUUUUUCUUUGUUUGAUGAGGACUCAGGAAAAUCAAAGUGUUUUCUACUUUUAGGAGAAAUCAUAAAUGAAAUAUCUCACUGGCUAUUACUGUUUACCCAUAUAAAAUAUGCUGCUAAAGUACAUAAUAUUUAACCCUCGAUGGCUUGACAAAAAAAAUUUUUUUUAAUUUGGACCUGAGAAGUCAUAUAAGGAAUAUGUCAUCCAACAUGUUUUUCCUUAUUUUGUCACGAAUCCUUGCAUUUCAAUAUAGGAAGACUAUUUCCACUGACCAAUGAAAAGAAAUGGUUAAUGCUCUUUUGCAAUCAGAAAGUGAAUUUCCUUUUGCAAUAGAGCAGCCCGUGCAGCUCAGUUCUCCACGUGUUAAGCACAAGCUGCAGCAGAGCAGAGAGCCAGGGCCCUUCUGGCGGCUCUCCCCUCAGGGGUCUCCGAACAGGGGGCCUGGGCGCCUGGAGGAGGGGCAGAGGAGACCGCUAGAGACAGGUAGGGGCUGGGGAUGCUCAGCUGUCUGCUGAGUGGCUCAGGUGCUUCUGAUGCUGCCAAGUCCAUGUCAUGAGCUCUGGCUACAUGUUGCUGUCACCUGGGGAGUCCACAGAGCUACUGGUGCCUGGCCUGGCCCCGCCCCCCAUCAAGUCAGGG